AGUCUAUAUAUUUACUCCUCUUGGCAGUACUAGCAGCGUAAAGUGCAUUGAUCCCAGUAUUUUUGCCUUCGCCUUCGCCUUCGCCAUGCUAACGUCUUUGGUUGCCUCGACCCACUUCAGGCUGGUGUUUCCACCAACCUUCCCUCCAAAGAAUAAUUCCACAAUGUGUUCGGCCAAAAGAAGCAACAGCUUAAAUAGUAGUGGAAACAUGCCAGACUCUGCUCCUGCCCGUGCUUUGAAAUUUCAGGUUCAGAUUGAAGGGCCUCCGGAGAACUGUGCUGAUGAGGAAAAGCCAAAACUUCUUCAAUGGAAACCAAGGCAGCUUGACAAAACUAUUGACAUAUUUAGCGGGAAGUUGUUGCAGGGCGGGCUUGUUUUUCAGCAAAACUUCUUAAUUAGAUCAUAUGAGCUAGACCCUAAUGGCAACGUUUCCAUAUUGGCCCUAGUGCAUCAUUUGCAGGAAUCAUCACUCAAUCACUUUAAGAGUGUAGGGCUAGCUGCAGAAGGUUUUGGUUUAACAGCAGAGAUGACUAGAAGGAACCUGGUAUGGGUAGUAUAUCGGACGCAGAUUGUGGUGGAACGCCUACCUACAUGGGAUGAUGUAGUUCAAGUCGAAACUUGGAUUUCAGCAUCAGGAAAACAUGGUCACAAGCGUAACUCUCUUAUCCGUGAUUACAAGACAGGCGAAACUCUGAUGCGAACAACCAGUCUGCUUUUGAUGAUGAAUAAGAAAACAAGGAAAUUAUCUUUCGUAAAUGAAGUAUGGGCAGAGAUAGAGCCUCAUAUUUUGAAUUGUGACUCUAUCAUUAACAAGGAUAAGAGAAAACUUCUGCAAUUGGACCUUGAUAAAGCAGAUUAUGUCCGAGCAGGUAUAGCACCUUUAUGGAAUGAUUUGGAUGUGAAUCAGCAUGUGAACCAUGUAAAAUACAUCAACUGGAUUCUUGAGGGUGCUCCUCGCUCAGUCAUGCAGAGUCACACGCUUUCCUCCAUGACUUUGGAGUAUCGAAAGGAGUGUGGGAGAGAUAGCAUGCUGCAAUCCUUAUCUGCAGUCAACAGAUCUAGAGAUGGUAUGAGUCACUCUACAAAGAAUGAAGGGGUUGAGCUUGAUCACUCGCUUCGACUUGAAGAUGGGUUUUCCAAGAGAAGUGCAACAAAACCCAUCAUUUUUGGACAGUUAAAGAUAAAUUGAGCAUUUUGCUAAGUCAUGUUGUUAUUAGCAAAGGGUGAAAAUGAACCUCACUAAAUUCUCAGAAUUGUCCGUACAGAUCAGUCAUCUUUGUGAAUUAAACUGUAUUGAUUCCGAAAUAACCAAGAGAUGAGCUAUAUAUGCUUAGAAAGAUCCAAA